AUAAUAAUAAAUGCUCAAACAGUUGAAUUUCUCGUUCGUUUAACACUCUUCUUUAUAUUUUUCUUUUUUGGGGAGGUACAUUGAAAAGAUCUGACAUAGUUUAUCGUUGCAUUCAAAUGUUUUCACCUACCUGAACUGAACUAUAAUAAGAACAUCAUUACAGUUUAUACAUUUGACGGACACUUUAAUAAUUUCGAUUUUUCUUGUUAGCUAGUUUAUGGGAUCUCUUAAGACGUGUUCAUUUUAUUUUUGGCGAAAAGGUUACGUUUUAGAUUUAAAGAAAUAUUAUCAUGGAUUUAAUACGGAAGUUUUUAUAUAUUGUGGUCUUUUUCGCGAUUUUGAAUUAUUUUAUUAUAAGUGGAAUACCAAUAACGGAUAAGUCUAAAGGUACAUCUACUGAAGGUAAAGAAAUAAAGAAUGAUGUAGAACAUUUAUCUGAGACUGAGGCUAUUAGUGUUGUUAAUGACAACGGUGGACUGUUUGGAGGAGUUGGGAGCGAGGUUCAAGCUGAUGUCGCCGGUCUCGAGGAUCCAACUGCAAGAAUAAUUGUCACUGUGAUGAAAAGAUCGAGACGAUUUUGGGAACCAUGGGAGCUUAACUACAAUGUGUGUCCACCAUCAAUAUGUACAGCAAAUGAGGAACAAAGACCACGUGGUACAGGUGGUUCAGUAUUUUAUAAUGGUGAUAUUAUAUUAGAUAAUGAAUCAGAGAAAAUAAUCUAUGGUAACAGUAUACGUAUGCGGUAUAAGAGGGCCACUAUGCGGAGUUCUCGGACAUGGCGGAAUGCUACAGUACCGUACAUGUUUGCCAGUGAUAUAGCAUCAAAGUCAAGGUCAGUGAUCAGAAAGGCAAUGAGGACAAUAGAGAAGGAAACAUGUAUCCGAUUUAAGAAAAGGAAGUUGAGGGACGAAGACUAUGUUAGAUUUAUAAGUGAACCCGGGUGUUGGUCGAGUGUGGGCCGUGUAGGAGGUGAACAGAAAGUCUCCAUAGGUCUCGGGUGCGAGAGGAUAGGUACUGCAAUACACGAGAUUUCACAUGCACUCGGAUUUUGGCAUGAACAGGCCAGACCGGACCGGGACGACUAUGUACGGAUUUUAUCAGAGAACAUUUCGCCAAGAUAUUUGCCAGAUUUCGCCAAGGCCAACACGACUCUCGUGACGUCACGAGGGUUUCCUUAUGAUUACGAGAGCGUUAUGCACUAUAGUAAGAAAGCAUUCACAAACCUCGGGGAUGAUACAAUAAAGGUGAUAGGUGUUGGCAGAAAGUUAAAGAUGAAGAUAGGACAACGUGAUGCUCUCAGUAAUAUAGAUAUAGCACAACUUAAAGAUAUGUACAAAUGUAACGACAAACAAGAUAAUCUAGAAACAAACUGCCCGAAAGACUGGAUUAAAAUUGGUAGAAAAUGUUACAAAUUUGAAGACAAACAGGCGGAACAGUUUUCUGGAGCCGUUAAGAAAUGUGACCAGAUGAAUUCCAGGUUACUAUUUAUAGAUGAUGCCACGGAAGACGCUUACAUCAAGCGUUAUAUCAAGAGAAAAUACCCGGAAGUAAAAGCAUGGCGGACAGGGGGACGAGUUGUAAACGGAACUUUUGUCUGGUACACCGAUAACAGCGUUGAGGAGAUGAAAUACACCAACUGGAAGAAAGGUCAUCCCUCGUCAUUCAGCUCUAUGGCCCUGGUAUAUAAUAGAAAGAAAGACAGGGUCCGUUGGGAAGGGGUGUGGCUAGGAUCCUAUAAUCAGUUGCCGGAACAUGCAUACCCCUUUAUAUGUGAACGAAGAGCUAGACGGAAAUGUAUCCCUGGAAAUUAUUCUGACGGACGUGAUUAUCGGGGAACGCUUGACCACACUAUAGAUGGACACACGUGCCAGAAAUGGUCAAAGCAAUAUCCCUGGACACAUCAGCUGCUACCUUUCCCGUACGACGAUAAAGAAAAUAAAGAAGAUGGUAUUGGGGAUCACAAUUUCUGCAGAAAUCCAUCGGGAGAUAGAAAAAGUAGGCCAUGGUGUUACACCACUAAAAGUAAAUAUAAAUGGCAAUACUGUGAUGUUAGUAUAUGCUCAAAGAAGGAAAACAGCACAGAUUUAAAACGAAACGACAAGAAAUCUAACCCAAAGAGAAAUAAUAAUAAAAAUAAUUCGACUAAUCCAAAACGGAAUAACAAUAAAACAAAUACCGGAAAGAAAGAUUCAGUAAAACAAGAACAAAAUGAUAGGAAUGUGAACAAUAAUACAAACAAAAAACAAAAUAAUUCCAAUAGAAGAACAAACAAUCUACCUCAAACAAGGGAUCUUACGAACGGGAGAAGUGGACAUUCUAAUGGAAAGAAAAAUAACCGGAGAGGAAAUAAAGGUGACGAGAAGGCAAACAAAGAUUCGGCCAAUGAAAAGACCAACGGACGGAAAGGAUCAAGGCGGAGUUCAAACAGAAAGACCAGACGGCGUAAAAAUCAGCGGAAAGGAGAAAGAAAUUGAUAACAAAAGUUUACUAGAAAAUUCCAUUUAAAGCAUAAGUGACUAAAAUAAACGGUUUUGAUAAAAAAAAUCCAGAUAAAGUGUUUGAAGAAAGAUUUAAUGAGGUUCAUAGAAUGUUUUGAGAGUAUGAUUAGCAUAGUUUACAAAAGAAAUAUUAUCAUUAUCAAAAUAAGUUCUUUGCGUCUUCUUAGUGCAAUUACUGGUUAACUCCUAUCAAUUUUCGAAGGAAUUAAUCCAUUACUGCACUUAGUACAUAUUUUGUCAAUACUCAUAUUUGAAAUAAUUAAGGCCAGUAUGUUAAGAAGUCUUCAUACCAUUCAUAUUCUU